CGCUGCGUUGGGCCAAAUAGCCGCUACAGCUACAGCAGCAGGAGCAGCAGCGCGCCCAAAUGCACCGUGGCCAGCUUCGAGGCCAGCGCGCGCUGCCGAUGAUCUGAGUCACUACAGCUCUUCCAUAGCUUCACGCAGCACCCUGUCCAGCAGCCAUGCCAUGUUUCGCUCUUCAGCCGAUAGACGCCCAGCCAAGGCAGGCGGCAGUGGCAGUCAGCACGGCGCAUAUGCCUCGCAAAACACCAGCGCGACAUCCUUCAGCGUUGGGGGAGGCGGCGCUGCAGACAUUGCAGCCAGUCCCUCCAGGCCCAGCGAGAGCCCAUCUAGGGCUUCUACCAGCGCCAGCUCGGGUGCUGCGGUCAAACCGCCUUACGAACGCCAUGCAUCGCAGCCUGGCAGCACCUCACAUAGCGGCUUGAAAGCGCACCGCCGCCUCGCCAGCCGAUUCGCUGCUUCAGUUCGGCGCACCUUGGCGACCAGCGAUAUGCUGCUGGACCUUCAACCUGACGCUGCAGGGGCUGGUGCUUCUGCCUCCACUUCCAGAUCUCAGAUUGCCACUUCUCCUGCCUCGCUCUCUACAAGCAUGUCCUAUCCCUAUGUCGAAGACGCUCGAUCUGGCCGCGGCAGCAACACGUCAUUGAGCCAAACAAAUUCCUCGCACCACGAGCAGACAUCUCUUCACCAACACUCUUCCGCAAGUCGCCAUCGGUCACCCCACUCCCUUGAAUCGGAGCCCAGGUCUGCAAGGAGUCGAGGUUUCGGGACGCGGGCAGACGGACAGCGGGGAUCAAGUGUCAGCGCAGCGACAGUCGCGCCGGCCUCGCAUGCAUCCACCUCCUCCCCAUCCUCGCCCAUGGAUCUCUGCUCAAAUUCUGCAGCGACACUGCGCGCCGCGACCGAUGACAAUUCGAGCUCGCGCAAGUUGAGAGCUCUUCGCACACUGUCUGCACACACCGUCCUAUCUCCUUCCAAUGCAGCUGCGCUUCGUCUCGCGCCCGAGACAGGCUCGGCAUCGAUACAAUCGAAUCGUUCACCGGAGGAUCCUGCACAAGAUCUUGCAGGGCCAGCGCCACAUCGUCGACAAGUAUCUCCCCUGCCGCCGAACUUUGCCAGACCCGUGCAAGCGCAGAAUGUAGCGGGUAGCCCGCGGCAUUUGUCCCCCACAAGCGCGCUUGCAGGCCGGAGACCUACAGCCCAAGCUCCAAGUCUCGAUAUAUCCUCGGCCAAUAGUGCACGGUCCAGUCCCUACGCUAGUCCAGCUGCCUCCCUCGCUUCCCCAGCAAGUCUGCGGCAACACUCUCUGCCUGGUGACUCUGCAUCGACCACAGGUCGAGCAUCAUCUUCUCGAACGCCCCAAGAUCGCUCGAGACGUGCGUCACAACACGAUUCCGGAAGCGCAUGCCUGGCGAAAGAGACCAGUGGCGCGUCGAUGCUGCCAAGCUCGAGCGGGCGAACGAUUGUCCAGAGUUCCUCUGCCAUCGCUUCACCUGCCAUGUCUCCUUCAACAAGCGCCGCUGGCGCUUCCGCUUUCGACCAUGCGAUAGGGGGCGCGCAGGCAGCAGUGGACACAUCGGAAAUGGAGAUGCUCGAGGAGCCACCAAGCCCAGCCCCAUCACACGCAGGCUCCUCCAAUUCUUCCCGACAGGACAGUGGAAGCGGCGCAACAAGUCCGAGCGCAAGGGGCUUCGCGCGUGUGCGACGUUCCAUUUCGCUAAGCGACGACUCUUCCGCUUUCAGACAAGUGCUAGCGGCAGGACCCGAUAGACCGAGCUCAGUACAGCCUCGACGCGUCGAUAGCUCGUCCAGUGACAGCUCCUUUCACCACCCAUCAUCGCAAUCGGUGUCUAAAAAGCGCGGAAUGAGGUCUCGUUCGGGAACGCAAGGGAGUGUGUCGAGCGUACUCAGCGUAGCGGCAAGCCUUGCACCCAUUCCAGUCCUGAUCUCUCCAGAUGCGGCAAGGGAGAUCAGCACAGCUGAAAAUGAGGCUGAGCUCGACGACACGGACAGUCGAAAACGCAUCUCUCUCAACAUCGUGCCUUGUGCACCCGGCACGGACUUGGACGCCCGAGGGUCCAAGGGCAAACUCACUCAUCUCAUUACGACUGCGGAUGGGAGAGAGGUAUACGCCAUCAGGCAAAGGCGUGCAGGCAUAGCGGUCGGCUUGGGCAUGGGCUGGUUGCCAGCACCGGCAGCUACGAGGCUCGACCUGCAUCGCAAUGGUAGAUCCGGAGUGAGUGCACCUGACUCCUCAAGCACGCGGCUCGAGAACGGCACCUGACAUGCGCCACCUCUGCCCAUGAUUGUUCCACCAUGCUGUAGCCUUCUGUGCUCAAAGUGAUCCCGGGCAAAAAGUAUCGCUGGGACGUGGCGCGUACGC